CCUCCACCCAAGUACCAUAUCUCAUCUUCUCCUCUUCUUUCUUCAUUUCUCUUCAUCAAAAAGACUGAAAAACAGAGCCCGUCUUUUGAAAAUUCGACCCCAUUUCUCUGCUUCACGAGCAUGGCGACCACCACUCUCUCCACUGCAACCCCUUCUCACCUCUGUUCUAGCAAGAAUGGGAUUUUCUCUCCAUCCCAAGCUCUUCUCUUCAAGCCAAAGAGCUACAACAGCUCUGGGGAGGAGAAAGAGAAGGGUCUGAGGAUUUCAUGCCAGGCAACAAGCAUUCCGGCAGAUCGCGUGCCGGAUAUGGGAAAGAGGCAGCUGAUGAAUCUGCUUCUGUUGGGUGCUCUCUCUUUGCCUACUGCGGGGAUGUUGGUCCCAUAUGCCAGUUUCUUUGUUCCUCCUGGAUCAGGUGGUGAGGGUGGUGGAACUAUAGCAAAGGAUGCCAUCGGAAAUGAUGUCAUUGCAUCUGAAUGGGUUAAGACUCAUGGCCCUGGUGAUAGAACUCUGACACAAGGGUUGAAGGGUGACCCCACUUAUCUUGUUGUGGAGCCCGACAAGACACUUGCAACCUACGGCAUCAAUGCAGUCUGCACUCACCUUGGGUGCGUUGUUCCAUGGAACACUGCUGAAAACAAGUUUAUCUGCCCCUGCCAUGGGUCACAGUACAACAACCAAGGCAUGGUUGUGAGAGGACCUGCACCUCUGUCCUUGGCAUUGGCACAUGUAGACAUCGACGAUGGGAAGGUGGUGUUUGUUCCAUGGGUCGAAACUGAUUUCAGAACAGGUGAAAACCCAUGGUGGGCUUGAACUCCCCUCGAAACCAUUCUCCACAUUCAAGUUGAGUGUGUCUUUCGCUUCUCAGUAUGAUGUGACCUUGAAAGACCAAACUCUUCUUUUUUCUCCCAAUGCAUAUAGCUUUGUAUCAAAGAGUAAUCUGGACAUUGGAUUUAUAAGUUGUAAUGAUAACCCAAAUUGGAGUUGGCAUUGCAUUUAGCUUUUGUCCUAAUAAUUUCAUGGGUAUUUUCGAUGUGUAUUCAAAUCGGACCGUCAACUGCAUCAGUCUAUUACUUUC